GAGUUCACUAUCAAGGCUUAAUGGCUUGUUUACAUGUUUGAGAUAAAUCAAUGUACGGGCUUUGGAAUUAGCCUACACGGUCGACGUCACAGCCAAUCAGCGUUCAGCAUCGUUCACCUGUCCUCGUAAACAGGCAACAAACCUCGAGACAACAUCCAGGCGUGCUCGAGUGCUUUCAUGUUUACGAACCUUUUAAACUGUCCUGUAUUUCUGGUCGGUUUCCCCCCAACAUUUUGAUUGUCAAACUAUUUGUUUUUAACUGACGUAUUGGCUCUUGAAGGAUUUAACAGUCUAUAAACCCGGUAACCGACGGGAACGGACUAGGCUACUUGAUAUUUUUUUGAUGAGAAUUUAGGACAAGCCGAAGUGAAGGGAGCAUCAUCUCUUCCACGCUUCUUUCGCCAUGGAUAUGUAACCGUGUGUUCAUCCUGACAGACUGACUUCACAUUGGGAAUAUUCUGAGAAUGAUAAUGAGGAUGAAUGGUGCUGCGCUGCAGAUGCUCGCGCUGUGUCUCGCGCUCCGUUCACCUGCGCGCGCUCAGACGCAGGACGGGAAACCUGAAGUGGCGAUGUGUACCGGCACUCAGAACUUGUUGAGUGUGACAGGAACCUCUGAGGUCCAGUACAAGCUCAUGAAGGAGAUGUACACGGGCUGCCAGAUUGUCAUAGGAAACCUGGAGAUCACACAGAUGGAGCACAACCGUGAUUUCUCAUUCCUACAGUCUAUCCGUGAGGUAACAGGAUACAUCCUCAUUGCUAUAAACCAGUUCAGACGUUUACCGCUGGAACAGUUGCGAGUCAUCCGCGGGACGUCACUGUACGAAGAUCGGUUUGCUCUGGCCGUCCUCGUCAACUACCAGAAGGAUGGAGUGUAUGGACUACAGGAGCUGGGCCUCACACACUUGACAGAGAUCCUGGAGGGGGGAGUGCAGAUCAUCCAGAAUAAAUUCUUGAGUUAUGCGCCGCAGAUUAACUGGUUAGAUAUUGUGAAAGACAGUGGAGCAGAAGUCAUCAUCGGAGACAAUGGACCAGAAUUGCGCUGUCAUGAGUCUUGUAGCGCCCGAUGUUGGGGUCCAGGAAAUGACACUUGUCAAAUCUUGACGAAGACAGUGUGUGCACCGCAGUGUAACGGCCGCUGUUUUGGACGCAGCCCCAGCGAGUGCUGUCACAUCGAGUGUGCCGGCGGCUGCACCGGUCCCCUCGACACCAACUGCUUUGCCUGCAGAAAUUUUAACAACUCAGGGUCGUGUGUGCCGCAGUGUCCCCAGGCUCUCAUCUAUAAUAAAGUGACGUUCAAAUUGGAACCAAAUCCUAAUGCAAAAUACCAGUUCGGCACAAUGUGUGUAUCACAUUGUCCACCUAACUUUCUUGUAGAUGGCAGUUCAUGUGUUAGCAGCUGUCCAGCAAACAAAAUGGAGGUGGAUAAAAAGGGGUUGAAAAGAUGUGAGACGUGUGGGGGACUCUGUCCAAAAGCGUGCGUUGGCACUGGUCCACCUUCCAGACAGACCGUAGACUCACAGAACAUCGACAGCUUCAUAAACUGCACUAAGAUUCAGGGCAGCCUGCAUUUCCUUGUAACGGGAAUUAAAGGAGACAGUUACAAUAAUAUCAGUGCUCUUGAUCCAAAGAAACUGAAGAUCUUCAACACUGUCAGAGAAAUAACAGACAUUCUGAGUAUUCAGUCUUGGCCCGAAGAGUUGGAAGAUCUUUCUGUCUUCUCAAAUCUAGCAACAAUACAAGGACGAACGCUGUACAGAGGAGUAAGCUCUAAGAGAGGUUACUCUCUUUUGGUGAUGAAGAUUCCCACAUUGAAGUCCCUGGGUCUUCGCUCUCUCAAACGAAUCGGUGACGGAGGCAUCUACAUUACAGGAAACAAGCAGCUGUGCUAUCACCACACAGUGAACUGGACACGUCUCUUCGGCCCCCGGGCAGCGCGCCGCCAGAAGUCCCUCGACAUCAAAGAAAAUAACCCACAAGAGCAAUGCAUUAAAGAAGGCCAUGCGUGUGAUCCCCUGUGUUCAUCUGAGGGCUGCUGGGGUCCGGGACCCGAUCAGUGUCUGUCUUGCAAGAACUACAGCAGAGGAGGAACAUGUGUACCACACUGCAACUUCCUGUCAGGUGAAAAACGCGAGUUUGCAGGACCUAAAGGAGAGUGUAUGCCGUGUCACCAGGAGUGUGCGGUGCAGCACUACAAACACACCUGCAGAGGACCGGGUGCUGAUGAGUGUGAAGCAUGUGUGCAUUUGCAGGACGGGCCGUACUGCGUGUCCUCGUGUCCAGAGGGGGUUCAGGGGGAAAAUGGGCUAAUCAUUUAUAAGUUCCCCAGUGGCCAGCACAAAUGCCAACCAUGCCAUGCCAACUGCACCCUGGGAUGCUUGGGUCCAGGUCAGAAUGACUGUGUGGAUUCCUCCAGGUCAGCUGCUGGCUUGCCGGUGACAGCAAUAGUGCUGAGCGUUAUAUUCGGGGUGAUGGUCGCAUUCUCAGUGUUUGUGCUGAGUGUUCUGUAUCGCAGAAGUGUUGCUAUCCGCCAAAAACGUGCCAUGAGGAGAUAUCUGCAGAGUGGAGAGAGUUUUGAACCACUGGAACCCGGAGAAAAAGGCGUGAAAGUUCACGCUCGGAUUUUGAGAGGGUCUGAACUACGAAAGAUCAAACUUCUCGGCUCUGGAGUGUUUGGCUCUGUGCACAAGGGAGUUUGGAUACCAGAAGGAGACACAGUAAAGAUUCCAGUGGCCAUCAAGACUAUCCAAGACCGUACAGGACGACAGACCUUUCAGGAACUUACAGAUCAUAUGUUGGCUAUGGGGAGUUUGGACCACCCGUAUAUAGUGCGGCUCUUAGGCAUCUGUCCGGGACCCAGUCUGCAGCUGGUCACUCAGCUCAGUCCACAGGGGUCGUUGCUGGAGCACAUCCGCCAGCGCAAAGACGGUCUCAACCCUCAGAGACUGCUCAACUGGUGUGUGCAGAUUGCCAAGGGUAUGUACUAUCUAGAGGAGCAGAGAAUGGUCCACAGGAACCUGGCUGCCCGCAACAUUCUGCUCAAGAGUGACUUUAUCGUUCAAAUAGCUGAUUAUGGCAUCGCUGACCUCCUUUACCCUGACGACAAGAAAUACUUCUUCAAUGAAGUUAAGACGCCAAUUAAGUGGAUGGCUCUUGAAAGCAUCUUGUUCCGCAGAUACACACACCAGAGUGAUGUAUGGAGUUACGGUGUGACAGUCUGGGAAAUGAUGUCAUAUGGGGCAGAGCCAUACUCUGCUAUGCGACCACAAGAAGUACCUGAUCUGUUAGAGAAAGGGGAACGGCUUUCUCAACCUCAGAUCUGCACCAUCGAUGUCUACAUGGUCAUGGUCAAAUGUUGGAUGAUUGAUGAAAAUGUUCGGCCAACUUUUAAGGAGCUAGCCAAUGAGUUUACCCGAAUGGCCCGAGACCCUUCUCGGUAUCUUGUCAUCAAAGAGGAGUACAGAGCUCCUGACUCGGCCUCAGAUGAGUCCCAUCAGAGAGGAACUGAGAUGGACAUUCUAGGGGUGGCCCUGGAGGACCAGGAAGAUGAAGUCUUGGAAGAUACGAUAGACAUGCCACGCUAUAUAACACCAUCUAGAAGCUUCUCUAGACUGCGUAUUGAUUCUCAUCGGUCAAGUCUGACUCCCUCCAAUAUUGCUGGAUAUCUACCAAUGAUCCCUGGUGUGGAGAGCUCUGUACAGACGGGAUGGGCUUCUCGUUCCCGACUGGACUCUGCGUGCACUGUUUCUGUGAGCUCGGAGGGACAGGGAACUGCAGUGGAACUGGAAAUGAACGAUGACUUCUCAUUGGUUGGCAGCAUGAGGAGGGUCACACAUCGCGAGGACAGCGCUUACAUGUCGCAGCGGGACAGCCUAUCAGGGCCUCCAGAAACAAUUUCCACAGGCGAAGAGGACCAAAGUGAAUAUGUGUUACCUGGAUUUGGUGAAAGCCCUGAGAAAGAAACUCUUCUAUUACCAUCAUCACGUUCAACACGUUCUCAAAGGAAACUGUCAAGAGGUCAUUCGGGUGACUUUUUAGAAGUCCGCAACGGUCCAGGUGAAGAAUACGAGUAUAUGAACAACCAGACUCUCUCACUUAGUCAUAUACCAGGGCUGCUUAAAGAUUACAAUCAGCGACCGCCCCGAAACCGCAGUGCCUCCUUCAACCCUGCAGGGUUGUACAGCAAUCACAAAUCUCAAGGCUCCGGCAGACCCAGUAAGAGGUCGUCGAUCGAGGGCUCAGAAAGUAGCGGAGGUCUCUCCCAGUCCUCGACUGAACAAAGGAGUCACAGCGAUGGCGAUUUCCUCUCCAGUGAAGCCGAGUACAUGGAUGCGGAUCUAGAUCUUCAGGAGGUUGAGUACGAGUACAUGGACAUCCAUGCUGGAGGAGGAGGAGGACCACCAACCAACAUGGUUGUCAAACUUCACCUCCCAAGACCAGUUUCCCACCCUCUUCUCAAAAGAUCGCCACAAGACAAUGAAGACGAAUAUGUGGAGGAUGACUAUCAGUACACGAACAGCCAGCCUCGGCUGAGGAAUUCACUCAGGGUGCAGGGGUUAAUGGAAGGGGAAGGAGAAGUGUAUGAAUAUGAGGAUAUGGACUCGUUGGCUGCAGGUGGAGCCUCGGAAGCUGAAUACCAGAACAUGGAGGGAGAAGACGAGGAGAGUGUGGGACUGAGGGACGGGGAGUGUUCAGGGGGACCGGGGCCUGGAGCGUAUGUAAAAGUGCGUGCAGGGAUGGAACAUAAAGCUUUUGAUAAUCCUGACUACUGGCACAGCAGGUCGUUUCACAAAACCAAUGCUGUCCGCACAUAGAGGCGGAGAAUGGAUUGAAGGAACUUGAUGCAAAUGAACAAACGCAGGUUGAACUGUCUUCCGUGACCGAUGGUCAGGAUAUUAGUCAAUAAUGCACUCUACUGACACAGAUCCAUGAUAAAACUGAUACAACCAUGACAAAAUAAAUGUAUUUUGAUGUAAAAUGUAUUCUUGAUGUAAAAACAAAAAGUGCCAUUAAUGUGGUUUUAUUAGAGUCAAUAAGUUUUAUUAGACCAAAGGUUCAUUUUGCGCCGGAGGAAAGGUUCUGCAUUGAUGGUUCUAUAAAGAACCUUUAACAUUCAUGGAACCUUUCCAUUCCACAAAAGGUUCUCAAUGGUGGAAACUACAAAAGUGCUUGUAAGAAAAGAAAAUAAGAAAAUAAUUAUUCUUAAAGGUUUUAGAGGCCAAUUCACACUACACCGACAGACGCAGACUAACACGGACAAUCACCAGAUUACAGCCAAUUUUUAUACAUUCCACAACCCAACAGACGAUUGAUCGGCAAAAACAAAAGCUGACUGAGCAACAGGGGUAACACAUGGAUCCAAGCAAACCUGACGAAGUAUCUGUUGUCCUUGGUCGGCGUCUGUCAGUGCAGUGUGAAUUGGCUUUAGGGAACCCAAAAUGGUUCUUCUAUGGCUAGGAUGCACAAUCCUGUUCCUGGAGAUCUACCUCCCUGUAAAGUUCAGUCCCACCUCUGAUCAAACCCAACUGAAGCAGCUGAACUCUUGAUAGUCAGGUGUGUUUGAUCAGGGUUGAUCUCAUAGAUCUCCAGGAUCGGACACCCGUUCUGUGGCAUUACUGUGAAAACCCUCUUUUAGAACCUUUAUUUUUUAAGAGUGUAUGGUGGAGGUCCCUGAAUUACCAGAUUAAUGAGCUUCAUGUUGAAAGCACUGAUUUUUACAUUAGGCUACAUCUUGAUGUGUAUGUAUGGUAUGUAAGAGUGUGGUUACUUAAAAUGUUCUGUUAAUGCCAAGUUUGUGUAACUCAUCGAGUGAAGCCAUAAGUUUGCUGUUUGUGCUUUUGUGUUCUUCUUAAAUAUAUGUUAUCUAGUGUUCAUGAAGUGCCCAAUUCAGUCAAUAGCUGUUACUUCCACACCACUGUGCGUCUGUUCAGAUUGCACUCGAAUGAUCCCCCAAUGUCAAAUCUGGGAUAUUUACAUUUGGAAUUUAUCAAAUAAUUCUUUGAUAAUGUCAGUAUAGCAUAUUGGCUGAGUUUGGGUGAAGUUGUUUUUCUUUGAGAGGUGUUGUGCAUGCCUUAUGAACAAAUCAUAAUGAAGUACUUGUAUUAUAUUUCAAAUGAAAUGGCCAGUAAACAAGCUUUUACAGCGAAACUAUAGUUUUGUACAAACAUAUCAAACUAAAGUAUUUUCUCAACUUUGUAACAGUUUGAAAUGAUUUUUAUUUACUGUUUGAAACCUGUUGUCUUACACUUUUAAUAAAAAAAUGUUUCUAUAUAAA